AUUUUGGGAACUAAUCUUUUUUUUAAAUUCUUUCUUAUUAUCGAAGCGAAAGUAUCGAUACUUUUUGCAAAGAGAAGAGUAUUAUUAUAUAAAACUAUGAAUGAGUAUAUGACAAGGUGUAGCGGUUCACUUUAAAAUAACCUCAAAACAAAUUCUUUUAUUUCACGUUAAUGUCUAUAAAAUAAUGUACCAAAUGUAUUUAUUAUUGAUACGAUAGCAUGCCUCUUGGAAGAUUUGGAAAAAUAACACUUUCCUGGUGAUACAACUGUUUUAUCGAUAUAAUUACUGGGGAAGUGUUAGAAAUCAAAAUGGCUGUACCACAACUGGACCCUGCGAAGCUGCAGCUAGUCCAAGAGUUGGAAAUAGAGAUGAUGUCAGACAUGUACAAUCGUCUUGUGAGUGCAUGUCAUCGGAAGUGUAUACCUGUGAAAUACCAUGAACCUGAGCUUGGCAAGGGCGAAUCGGUAUGCCUCGAUCGUUGCGUCGCUAAGUAUUUGGAUGUCCAUGAGCGCAUAGGGAAGAAACUCUCAAAUAUGUCUCAAGGCGCAGAAACCGAGGACCUCACCAAAAUCAAUUUGCCGGAAAAGAAAUAGUAUAAUAUUGACUUGCAAUGAAUCGUCUACGUAAAAAUUAGGUUAUAACUUUUCUUUUGUAAUUAUGACAUGCAAUCUUCCAAUUCCAUUAUUAUUUCCAUACUAAAUUCAAAUCUAAAUAAAUUUGUUCAAAGAUAUUAUAAUGGACAUUUCAUUGCAAGUUAUUUCUUACCUAUCCUAAAAUAAGGCUCAAAUUUCGAUCGAGUCUUUUUUCGCUUUUAUGUGGCAUUUUAUUUAAAUAUAAAUGAUUAAUUUAGUUAGGUCCCCAUUUAGUGGUUGAAUAGUAGUAGUUAUAAAAUUGUUAUGAAUAAAACGGUACUGAUAAAUGUUUACUUUUUAUUUAUUCCCAUACUAUCUAUAAAGCUCAUUCUACAUCUAAUGGCGGUAAUAUUUCUACUUUAGACUUUUUAUUAUUACUAAUAGAGUUGAUCAUUCCAAAUCCGUAACCGGGAGUGUAACUACUGAUUAAUUCACUCAAUAUGAUUAUGUUUGUGUAGAAGAAAACGACACUCAUCAACCAUAUAAGUAUGAAAACCUCUCUGCAAUUGAACUCCAAGAGGUACGCGUAAAAUAGCCACGAGCAUUGUGCCGAUACCCACAUGAUUAUAAGGAUCAACGCCUUCGCUGCUGGUAUCAGCUGGAAAUUGUGAACGACCAAUGGCAAUAGAGAUAAAAACCAAAUAAAAUAUUGUGACGUCAUCACGCUGUUGAAGGCAACCAAAACUACAGCCUGCGAAAACAAGGCGAAGCAUAACGUCUUUCGGUCACAACCGAAUGUCAAGCUUAAUAUGAACAAAAUAAUAAUUUCGAAAGCUAGAGAGAUGGUCUUCACAAUAUCGAAAGAUAGAUGCUCCAUCGUCAAGUAAGAGUAGUAAAACAGUACAGAGAAAUUGUGCCUAGUAUCUUUCCUAAAUAAAUGAUAUAUGUAUGUCUCGAAUAGAAAUUCGUAGCCAUACAACGAGUACAUGCUGACCGUAAGCAGAAAGAGGGUGGAGAUGCAACUAGAUGCCAAUAUAAUUUGCUCUUUGUUUGGAAACAACGACAAUAUGCCACCAAUAAUAUUUGUUCUUCGGUUGAUCUUAUAUUCGCCGAGUGAAAGGUACAUUGGAAAACUGAACGCUAGAGGAUAUAGACGUAAAUGUAUAGAAAUACCUAGUAGGAAUCCGGCAAGCGCAUAUUUGCACAGUCCCUUGACCAAAUUUGUUUGUAAAUAGAGUAUGGAUAAUAUUAUAAAGAAGCAUGGAACGGAGUCUGCGUUUCCUCUCGUCGAGAUACAAAUGCUUAAGGGAUUGUAGAGCCAAAACAGAGCACAGUAAAUUGCAACUUUGGACGCUCGAUUAUCUGCUGUUGUUUUCAACUGAUGUUCAACUAGCACUUUGACUGCUACAGCGACUAGGAUAUCGAAGAUUGAAAACAGAAUUUUCCCAAAAUUUCUACCGAGAAAUAUAUUCGGAAUCAUGAGAUAAGCUAUGAUAGGACUAUACCGGAACGUGGGUCGGUUAUAAGGAGACUCGCCAGCGAUAAUAUAUCUAGCUGCGUCAGUAAAAACUGUGUAAUCUAUAUCCGUGUAUGGCACAUUGUAAGUUCUAUCAUGGAUAUCCCCAUAAACAAUGAGAAUAAGUCUUAUGACUACUCCUGCAAUAAGAUGAUAUUUGAAUGGCAAAUUAAUCAAUGUCAAUCUAUCCAUGUUUAAAUUCUUGUUUUCAAAUUCCUAGCAGCAGAUUGUAAACACGUUUUGAACUCUUGAAACUCUUUAGCACAAUUGUCCUUUUUCACAGCGUCCUCUUUCAAGAGUACACACCGAGCGUAGAGUGCGCUUUGCUUUGUACACUUUGAGAAUAGGAGAGGAUAUUUCGCGAAUCUCUCUCUAGCUUUUGCGACAGAGUCCAUUUCAAUUUUCUAUGUUUUGGUUGAUCGUCUUCUGUUGAAGAGUGGUAAGCGGCUCACUGAAAUCAAUUAUAUCCUUAGGUCUGAUGAAAAAGUCGUAAAUCGGUUUAGAGAAGAAAAUCCCGACACAGAUUAUAGUACCGGUGAUUUGGAAAGUCUUGGGAUACCUGUAGACCCAACUUCUUUUACCAAGUGGUGUACUACGAGGGUAUUUUUCCAUAAUUAUCUGGAACAAGACAAAAACAAACUGAUAUGAUUAAUUUCUUCCGCAAAUAAACGUAAGCCAAUUAUGUUGAAUGUAGUUUUGCCUAGCCCAUGAUACUAGGGCAAGUA